UACUCGGGGAAUUCAGACAUAACUUUGCAGAAGGAGAACAAACCCGCUUCUGAAAGAAUAUCCAACGGGUCCACAUUUAUUGCCUGAAGUUAAAGGUUCUAAAUGUUUAUCAGAAUGAAGAAAUCUGAAGACAGUGGCAGUAAAGUAUCAUUUACCUCAGUUUCCAAUUUUACUAUUCAGUCAAUUCUUGGAACUGUGUCCGAGGACGCGCACAAGGACAGUUGUAAUUCUAGUUCCGACGCGGGGCUGCUGCAGAGACAACGCAUGCGCUCCGUGUCUUCAGAAGGAUUCAGCGGCGGGGAGGAUUCUACAGACUUCUACCUUUUACCCGGAGGAAAGAAACCGCGCAAUGACCUCAACGAUCUCACACUUUCUUGUCUAAGUGACAAAAACAGACUAAUUCUGGGGCAAGAGAUGGUGAAGAGACAUCAGCUUUUUCAUGAUUAUAAAGAAGGUGACCAGAGAUACUACAACCAAACAUCACCUGCUAUUUCAGAAGAAAAGGGUCAUAUUGACGACGACGAAACAUCCAACUCAUCCAAGAAGAAGUCUCGGACCGUAUUCUCGCGGAGUCAGGUUUACCAACUAGAAUCGACGUUUGACCUGAAACGUUACCUUAGCAGUACAGAACGAGCUAGUCUCGCCUCCAGUCUCCAGUUGACAGAGAUACAGGUGAAAACUUGGUUCCAGAAUCGGAGGAACAAGUGGAAACGUCUGCUUUCUGCGGAGAUAGAAGCGGUGAACAUGGCUCACGCGUCAUCCGCACAAACUCUGGCUGGGAUGCCGUUCUUCUUCAAAGAGAAUUUCCGGCUACGGAUUCCUGUCCCUGGAUCAAUUACUUUCCCUACACCUCUAUGUUAUCCCGGGAGCAACAUGCACGCUUUACCUUUGUACAAUUUUUAUAAUAAAAUUGAAUAGAAUGAU